AAGUAAAGGUAAAAGCAAGAGAGGGAGGGACAUUGAGGGAGUGUGUGUGUGGGGGUUCAAACUCAACAUGCCAAGCUCCAGCGAGACUGGGUGAGUGAGUGAGCGAGCUGAGGGCACCGGCUUUGAGGAUGAAAAGUUGCUGGAGAUUUGACCAGUGAAAGAUUGUUUCUUUUAAGAAGCCGCCCCGAACCAUGUCUCUCCGCUGUCCGAUCCUCUUCACUCUCCUCCUGCACAUCCCCAUGUCGGGCUCCUUCAGGCUGCACCUUUCCCAGAGGAAGGACUCGGGCUCCGGGGAGCCGCCGCUGGCCAACUUGUCCCUGGGGGCGGCGGCGGGUUGGCGGUACCGGGUGGACAAGCUCCUGACUCCCGAGCCGCUGCGCAGAUGCCUGGAGCUGGGCGCCCGCACUGGGGAGCUGAGGCCGAGAGAGCCGCUGGACUGCUCGCUGCUGCCCGCCAACCCGCUGCCCCUCUCCCUCCGCUACCAGGCGGCGAGGCCACCGGAUUUCAUCAGCGUGCGAGCCCGGCUCGCCGUCUACGUGCACGGCCAGGACUGUUACAUUAAAUACAAGAGGAAAAGCGGCCCCCAGCCGCUGGACCCCCACCUCUCCAUCGACGUGUUUGUCGGCCCGGGGGGGCCAAGCUCCUGCCUGGCGGGCGGGCAGAUGCUGCUCAACGUGUGGGAUUUUGUUCCCGCGGCGCUGCGGCCGCGGACAACGCUCUGCACAAGUGUCAACACCAGCCGCCUCCUGCUGCUCCAUUCUGGCGGGAUCCUCUCGACAGGCGACUACUGCGUGGGGAGGGGAGCCGGCCCCGUCGCCGACUUGGUCUGCACCCGGAGCCCGGCCUCCCGGCAGCUGGAGCCCCUCCUGAUUCGGGUGAGAGUUGCCGGGGUUGGAGGUGACGGCAGCGGGCGGCAGGGGGUGAGGUCAGGUGCUGGGGGUGUCCGGAGGAAGAGAAGUGCCAACCGCAGCCCCCAGUUCCAGCUGCCCAGCUACCAGGUGUCUGUGCCCGAGAACGAGCCGGCGGGCACCCGGGUUAUCGUCCUGAGCGCCCAUGACCUGGAUGAAGGGGAGGCCGGGCGGCUGGAGUACACCAUGGAAUCGCUGUUUGACAGCAGGUCCAGUGACUAUUUCCACAUCGAUCCUGACACUGGAGCAGUUACCACCACACAGCAACUCGACCGGGAGACCAAGGAUACCCACGUGUUUAAAAUUACCGCAUAUGACAAUGGAACACCACGUCGAAUGGCUACCGCCAUCCUUACUGUGACUGUCAGUGACACUAAUGACCAUGCCCCGCUCUUUGAACUAUCCGAGUAUAGGGAAGUCAUUCGGGAAAAUAUGGAGGUGGGCUAUGAAGUGCUGACCAUUCGAGCUACUGAUAGCGAUGCACCUUCCAAUGCUAACAUGCUGUAUCGUAUUGUCAACCAUAAUGGAAAUAACUCUGCCUUUGAAAUUGACACCAGAUCUGGGAUUGUUAGAACCAGAGGGGUCAUAGACCGGGAAUUGGUGGCUGAAUACCACUUAAUUGUGGAGGCAAAUGAUCAAGGGAGAGAUCCUGGUCCUCUAAGUGCCACUGCAACUGUUUACAUAACAGUGGAGGAUGAGAAUGACAAUUCCCCUCAAUUUAGUGAGAAGCGGUAUGUUGUCCAAGUGCCUGAAAAUGUUCCUGUGAACACCAAAAUCCUGCAAGUCAAAGCUACUGAUCGAGAUAAAGGAAACAAUGCUGUAAUUCACUACAGCAUAGUCAGUGGAAACAUAAGAGGUCAAUUCUACAUAGAUUCUGUAAAUGGCAAUAUUGAUAUCAUCAACUCAUUGGAUUAUGAGACAACCAGGGAAUACACCCUUCGAAUUAAAGCCCAGGAUGGUGGAAGGCCGCCUUUGAUCAAUAGCACUGGUUUGGUCAUGAUACAAGUGAUUGAUGUGAAUGACAAUGCCCCAAUAUUUGUAAGCACACCUUUUCAGGCCACUGUGUUGGAGAAUGUCGCUAUUGGGUAUUCAAUCAUUCACAUCCAGGCUAUUGAUGCUGACUCCGGCGACAAUGCUCGUUUGGAAUAUCGACUGGUUGAUACACCCCCAGAUUUCCCACUUGUUAUUAGUAACAAUACAGGAUGGAUAACGGUUGCUAUGGAAUUGGAUAGAGAGAUGACUGAAUUUUAUGCUUUUGGUGUAGAAGCUAGAGAUAAUGGAAUCCCAUCCAUGACUUCCUCAGCUGGUAUCAGCAUCACUGUAUUGGAUGUGAAUGACAACAAUCCUACCUUUACUGAGAGGGUUUAUUAUCUAAGAUUGAAUGAAGAUGCACCUGUGGGCAGCAGUGUGUUGACUGUCACAGCAAUUGAUAGGGAUGUUAAUAGUGUGGUUACGUAUCAGAUAUCAAGUGGCAACACAAGAAAUCGAUUUUCAAUAACCAGCCAAAGUGGUGGUGGGCUAAUCACUUUAGCUUUACCCUUAGAUUACAAGCAGGAAAGACAGUAUGUUCUUACAGUUACUGCAUCUGAUGGAACUCGGUUGGACACAGUUCAGGUCUACAUCAAUGUCACUGAUGCUAACACACACAGACCAGUAUUCCAGAGCUCACAUUAUACAGUUAGCAUCAAUGAGGACCAACCAAUCGGCACAACAGUAGUGGUUAUCAGUGCUUCUGAUGAAGAUACAGGGGAGAAUGCCAGGAUAACUUAUAUCAUGGAAGACAACUUUCCCCAGUUUAAAAUUAACCCUGACACUGGAACCAUAAUCACACAGAUGGAGCUGGACUAUGAAGAUCAGGCAUCAUACACAUUGGCAAUAACAGCAAGAGACAAUGGAAUCCCACAGAAAUCUGAUACUACCUAUGUUGAAAUUCUGGUUAACGAUGCUAAUGAUAACAACCCUCAAUUUGUGCGAGAUUUGUACCAGGGCACAGUAUAUGAGGACGUUCCUUUGUCUACUAGCGUACUACAGAUUUCAGCCACUGAUCGCGAUUCAGGACUCAAUGGAAGAGUGUUUUACACAUUCCACGGCGGCGACGAUGGAGAUGGGGAUUUCUACAUAGAGCCUUCAUCGGGGAUUAUUCGAACCGGGAGGAAGUUGGAUAGAGAAAAUGUGCCCGUUUAUAACUUGAGAGUCUUUGCUGUAGAUAAAGGUAACCCACCACUUAAGGCAUCUGUGAAUGUCCAGAUCACGGUGCUUGAUGUAAAUGACAAUGCUCCUGCUUUUGAAAAGGAUGAGUUUGAUAUCUAUAUCGAAGAAAACAGUCCUGUUGGCUCAUCAGUGGCCAGGAUCACAGCAACAGACCCUGAUGAGGGAACAAAUGCACAAAUAAUGUAUCAGAUUGUGGAAGGAAACAUUCCUGAGGUCUUCCAGUUGGAUAUGUUUACUGGAGAUCUCAUUGCCCUUACAGAUUUGGAUUAUGAAACCAAAACUGAAUACGUCAUUGUGGUACAGGCCACUUCAGCACCUCUGGUCAAUCGCGCCACAAUUCACGUUCGACUUGUGGAUAAGAAUGACAAUGCUCCAGUGCUCAGGAAUUUUGAGAUCAUUUUUAACAAUUACGUAACUAACAAAUCAAACAGCUUUCCUUCUGGUGUGAUAGGAAAGAUUCCAGCCUAUGACCCGGAUGUAUCAGAUCGUCUUUUUUACACCUUUGUAGAGGGCAAUGAGCUUAAUCUUUUGAUUUUGGACCAAAACACUGGGCAUCUUAAGCUGAGCCAAGACUUGGACAAUAACAGGCCUUUGGAAGCAAACUUGAAGAUUUCGGUUACAGACGGUAUUCACAUCAUUACCGCACUGUGUACUUUGAGAGUGACCAUCAUCACAGAAGACAUGUUAACAAACAGCAUUACUGUACGCUUGGAGAACAUGUCCCAGGACAAGUUUCUUUCUCCACUGCUGUCCCUCUUUGUGGAAGGAGUUGCUGCUGUAUUAUCCACAACCAAAGAUGACAUUUUUAUUUUUAAUAUUCAAAAUGACACGGAUGUAAGUGCAAACAUUUUGAAUGUGAGUUUCUCUGCAUUGCUGCCAGGUGGGGUAAGAAACCAAUACUUUCCUUCAGAGGAUCUGCAAGAACAAAUUUAUCUCAACCGGACACUGCUGACCACCAUCUCCACUCAGAGGGUCCUCCCCUUUGAUGACAAUAUCUGCUUGCGAGAGCCCUGUGAAAACUAUAUGAAGUGUGUGUCUGUGCUGAAGUUUGACAGUUCAGCUCCUUUCAUUUCAUCUGACACUGUCUUAUUCCGACCCAUUCAUCCCAUUAAUGGACUGCGGUGCAGGUGCCCUCCUGGAUUUACUGGGGAUUAUUGUGAAACAGAGAUUGACCUUUGUUAUUCAAAUCCAUGUGGUAGUCAUGGUCUCUGCAGAAGCAGGGAGGGAGGCUACAACUGUGAAUGCCGUGAAGAUUAUACAGGUGACCAUUGUGAAGUGAGCAGCCGAUCAGGCCGCUGUGCACCCGGAGUCUGCAAGAAUGGAGGAACCUGCGUUAAUCUACUUGUUGGCGGUUUCAGAUGUGAAUGCCCGUCUGGCGAGUAUGAGAGGCCAUACUGUGAAAUGACAACCCGUAGCUUUCCUCCACAGUCAUUUGUGACUUUCAAGGGCCUACGGCAGCGCUUCCAUUUCACUGUCUCCCUCAUGUUUGCAACAAAGGAGAGAAAUGCCUUGCUACUUUACAAUGGGCGUUUUAAUGAAAAACAUGAUUUUAUUGCACUGGAGAUCAUUGAAGAACAAAUCCAACUGACAUUCUCAGCAGGCGAGUCCACCACCACAGUGGCACCUUUCAUACCAGGGGGAGUGAGUGAUGGGCAGUGGCACUCUGUCCAGGUGCAGUACUACAAUAAGCCAAAUAUUGGCAGAUUAGGUAUUCCUCAUGGACCAUCAGGAGAAAAGGUUGCAGUAGUUACUGUAGAUGAUUGUGAUACUGCAGUAUCUGUGCGAUUUGGAAACCGUAUUGGAAACUAUUCAUGUGCUGCUCAGGGAACACAGACUGGAUCAAAAAAGUCUUUGGAUUUGACUGGUCCUUUACUUCUUGGAGGUGUCCCCAAUCUGCCUGAAGACUUCCCAGUGCGCAAUCGUGAAUUUGUGGGAUGCAUGAGAAACUUGACCAUCGACAGUAAGCAACUUGAUAUGGCUAGUUUUAUAGCCAAUAAUGGUACACUUGCAGGGUGCGCAGCUAAAAAGAACUUCUGUGAUGUAAACAUAUGUCAAAAUGGUGGACAGUGUGUGAACAAAUGGAAUACGUACAGUUGUGAAUGUCCUUUGCGAUUUGGUGGCAAGAACUGUGAGCAAGUAAUGCCCAACUCCCAGCGUUUUAAGGGCAGCAGUCUGAUCACCUGGGCUGACCUAGAUAUCACUAUCUCUGUGCCCUGGUACAUUGGCCUAAUGUUCCGCACGAGAAAAGCCAAUGGAUUCCUUGUGCAGGCAAAUGCUGGGACUUCCUCCAAAAUUAACAUUCAGAUAACUGAUAGUAACUUACAGUUUGAAGUGCACAACAGACAUGGAUUAAAAGCCAAACUGAGACUGACUCGGACACGGGUCAGUGAUGGAGACUGGCACCAUUUACUGAUUGAGAUAAAAAGUAUGAAAGAUGGCAAGGACAUCAAAUAUCUGGCUGUCCUGUCUUUGGAUUAUGGAAUGUACCAGGGCAGUGUAGAAAUUGGGAAUGAAUUACCAGGAUUAAAAUUGAGAAACAUCUAUGUUGGUCGCCUCCCUGAAGAUGUGGGCACAAAGCAGCAAGGAUUCGAUGGCUGUAUUCAGGGCCUGCGAAUGGGCGAUACUUCAACAAAUAUAGCCACUCUGAACAUGGAUCGGGCUGUCAAGUUUCGAGUGGAGAAUGGCUGUGAUGUUCCAGAUCCAUGUGAUUCCACUCCCUGUCCCAUGCAUAGCUACUGCAAUAAUGACUGGGAUAGCUACUCCUGUAUCUGUGAACCAGGGUUCUUUGGAAAAAACUGUGUGGACAUCUGCAGAUUGAAUCCAUGUGAACACGUGUCUACCUGUGCCCAUAAUCCAAGCGCCUCACAUGGUUACACUUGUAAUUGUGGAGAAAACUACUAUGGCCAAUACUGUGAAAACAAAAUUGACCUGCCGUGUCCAAGGGGAAGGUGGGGGAAUCCCAUCUGUGGUCCUUGUGACUGUGAUACCAACAAGGGCUUUGACCCUGACUGUAAUAAAACCACUGGAGAAUGCAGGUGCAAGGACAAUUAUUACCAGCCCCAGGAUAGCGACACAUGCUACCCAUGUGAUUGCUUUCCAACGGGUUCUCAAUCCCGCACCUGUGAUGUGGAAACAGGUCAGUGUUCCUGUAAAUCUGGUGUGAUUGGACAACACUGCAACCGCUGUGACAACCCUUUUGCUGAAAUCACAAGUAGUGGAUGUGAAGUGAAAUAUAAUGUGUGCCCAAAAGCCUUUGAAGCAGGCAUUUGGUGGCCAAGAACAAAAUAUGGACGACCAGCAGCCAUGCCAUGCCCCAAAGGAUCAAUUGGAACUGCAAUCCGUCACUGCAAUGAAGAGAAAGGCUGGCUCCCUCCAGAUCUUUUCAACUGUACCACAGUCACCUUCAUUCAGCUCAAGUCUGUUAUGGAAAAACUGUAUCGCAAUGAAACCAAGAUGGAUACACACAAUUCGAAGAAAAUUGCCAACAUGUUGCAGAAUGCCACAAAACACACACCAACAUAUUAUGGGAAUGACAUCAAGAUUGCUUAUGAGCUGAUAAAGAGGAUUCUUCAGUAUGAGGGAAACCAGCAGGACUUUGAACUGGCAGCAACUCAAGAUGUUGAGUUCAAUGAGAAUAUUAUCAAAGCUGCUAGCGCUAUUUUGGACCCUCAGAACAAGGAGCACUGGGAACAUAUCCAGCGCACAGAAGGAGGCACCGCACAUCUGAUGAAACACUACGAGGAAUACGCGCACACCAUAGCACAAAACCUGAGGAAAACCUACCUUCGACCCUUCACUAUUGUAACUCCGAAUCUGAUCAUUGCAGUUGAACUCUUUGAGAUGGCGAACUUUCCAGGUGCCAGCAUGCCACAAUUAGAGAAAAUCCGUGAAAAAAUUCCCAGAGAUCUUGAAUCCAGUGUGUUCUUUCCAGAUGCUCUCCUCAAAGCUGGAGGUAACAAAGGACAGGGCAACCAUCUUGAUCACAAUACCAGUGGGAAGUCGGAAGGUACAUUUUCAAAAAGGAAGAAGAGAAAUGCAGAUGGAUCCCAGCAGUAUGCAGUUGCCGUGGUAAUCAUUUACAGAUCACUGGGAUUGCUUUUGCCUGAACGAUAUGAUCCUGAUCGAAGAAGUAUGAGAGUACCUACUCGGCCAGUCAUAAAUACACCCAUCAUAAGUACUACAGUUUACACUGAGGACCAUCCUUUACCACAACAGUUGGAGAGCCCAGUAACUCUAAAGUAUCGUUUGUUUAUAACGGAGGAAAGGACCAAGCCCCUCUGUGUAUUUUGGAACCACACUCUUGCGAUUGGAGGCACAGGAGGGUGGUCUUCCAAAGGGUGUGAACUUGUCCUUCGGAAUGAGUCCCAUAUCAACUGCCAGUGCAAUCACAUGACUAGUUUUGCCGUGCUCAUGGAUAUCUCCAAGCGGGAGCAUGGUGAGGUCCUCCCGCUGAAGAUCGUCACGUAUACCACUGUCUCAAUAUCCUUGUUUGCUUUGUUUGUGACAUUCCUCUUCCUCAUGCUGGUCAGAACCCUGCGCUCAAACCUCCAUAACAUCCAUAAAAAUCUGGUGGCAGCUCUCUUCUUCUCAGAACUCGUCUUCCUCAUUGGAAUUAAUCAGACAGACAAUCCAUUUGUCUGCAGUGUGAUAGCCCUCCUACUGCAUUAUUUCUACCUAUGCACCUUUGCCUGGACAUUUGUGGAGGGCCUACACAUUUACCGCAUGCUGACUGACAUGAGGAAUGUCAACCAUGGACACAUGAGGUUCUACUACACCAUUGGAUGGGGAAUUCCUGCUAUUAUAACAGGUUUGGCUAUGGGGUUGGAUCCACAAGGUUAUGGAAACCCUGACUUCUGCUGGCUGUCUGUGCACGACACCCUGAUCUGGAGCUUCGCUGGCCCUAUCUGUGUCGUAGUCAUUAUAAAUAUUGUCAUCUUCAUACUAGCGGCCAAAGCAUCCUGUGGACCUAGGCACAGGUCUUUUGAAAAGACUGGUAUCAUAUCUGGCCUGAGGACUGCCUUCCUUAUGCUGCUUCUCAUCAGUGCUACUUGGUUGUUGGGGUUGAUGGCAGUGAAUAAUGACACUAUGACCUUCCAUUAUCUAUUUGCCAUUUUCAGCUGUUUCCAGGGACUCUUCAUUUUCUUCUGCCACUGUAUCUUCAACAAGGAAGUUCGAAAAGGUCUGAAGAACAUAUUCACUGGAAAGAAACAACAUCCAGAUGACACGGUACUGACCAGAACCACAGUUUUAUCACGGUCCCUUAACUGUAACAACACAUACGUGGAUGAAGGACGAAUGUAUCGCACUGCCAUUGGAGAGUCUACAGCCUCCAUGGAGAGCACUGUCAGGUCAGCCAAGAGUCACAAUAGCUGCAUUGCUUCUAAACUCAGGGAUGAAGCUCAGAGAGUAAGCUUAUUAUCAAGUCAAGCAGAAGGUGGCCGUGCAGAGCCAGAUUCAUCAAUAUUCCGCAAAAAAAUAAAGAAACCUGAUGAGCCAGAUUCUGACUCAGACAGUGAAUUGUCUUUGGAAGAUGAUCAUAGCAGCUCCUAUGCUUCUAGCCAUUCAUCAGAUAGUGAAGAAGAUGCAUUUCAAGGGGACCCCAACUGGAAGCAAGGAGCACCUAAAAAUAAUGAAAAAAAUCCAAUACACAGUACACCAAAGGCUGAGACCAUGCCCAAUCAUGUGAAACAUUACUGGCCUGCAGAGUGUACAACAGCCAGUGACAGUGAGGACCAUGGAGCAUCUGAGAAACUGAAGGUGGAAACAAAAGUAAACGUUGAACUUCACAGAGAAAAUAAAACAAAUCACUGUGGUGACAUUCCUAGAGGAAGUGAGGAUGAGCUGCAGGAAAAGGAAAGCACAUCUGCACCUCAGCCAAACUCCAAUCCCCCACCAGAGCAAAGAAAAGGGAUCCUUAAAAAUAAAGUCACGUACCCUCCACCUUUAAAAGAAAAAAAUCGAAUAAAUCAAAUACACAAUGAACUCUCUAACUGUAAACCAACAGCUAUAUCUUCACGGACCUCCUCAAUAGGGUCCAGUGAUGGGACCCGCACGAGCAUAUUGAUAAAGCAACCAAGCAGGCAACAAUCACGAGAUCAGUUAAACGGGAUGACGCCUAUACCCAUGAGUAUUAGAACAGGCACAAGCACUGUUCAUGGAGACACCUCCGAGUCAGAACCAAUGUCUUCAAGGACAUUUGAAAAAAUCCAGCAUCUGUCAACUCAGCCCAGAUUGAACCUACAAGCCUUUCUGUUUUGUACUCCUUGUACCUCACCACAUGAGGAAGUAAUGAAACCUCAAUCUGACCCAUCAGGAGAUCAGAAGGAUGAUUGGACCCACGACAAUUUUCGCCAAAGGAGAUCCCGGUUCCUGCGUACCUCAGACUCCAUCAUUGCACUGUGGUGUGUUGGUGUUGUCUACAUGAAUAGCAUUUUCUUCCAGCCAGUGACGGCAAAUGGGGAAUAAGACCCAUGGAAUGUCGAAAAAAAAUACAAUUAUGGAACUGGAAGGACAGAUGUAUGUGGCUUUCAACGAUGCAUAUUUGACUCGUGCCAAAUUAUAGAACAGACAUGUAACCACUACACAGCUCAACUGAUUGUGGAUAAAUUGGAAAUACUGAGGAAAUGGACAAAUCCCAUGGUAAAACCUGAAGUGCUCCACUGCCUCAAGUUCAGUCCUCUGGGUGAAUUGCAGCCAGCCUGAUCUACUGUUUUUUUUUCGAAAAAGCACUAUGUCUUAUACGAUGCCUCAAUAACAAAUGGUUGGACUCUAUAUUGGCCGUGCCAGUAAAUCGGUUCAAAUAGGAUAUGGCCUCACAUCAGUUGAAGUUGUUAGUUGCAAGUGUCCUUCCAUCUCAUCAUUUGCCUCAAGGGUGGGAGGGUGUAGUCAUGAAAUGAAUGCCUUUUGUACAACAAAAUUCUAAGAUGUAUAGAUACUUUUAUAUAUUUUGUAAGUCAGGACUCCAGAAGAAGUCAUUUGUACAUGCUUAAAUUGUUUUGAUUUUGUUAAUUUGAUUACAAGAGUUUUGCUGAAUAAGUAAGUCUUCUAACUUUUAUAAAGAUUAGAAGAUUGCACAAUUUUACUUGAAUUUGGUGUGUUUAUAUUGUAAAGUCAACAUUUUCUAUUAAGAGAAAGCUGUAACAAUUUAUAAGAGAAAUAGAACUUGAAUAUGUAACUUUUAAGACAAAAUUAUUGGAAAAUUUAGGAAUCAAACAAGGCCCAUUUUUAGCUUAACUAUGCACUUGAGCUUUUGUGUUGAGACUUAUAAAAAUUCACUUUUAGUUCAAGCACCUUUGUUGGUCUGCAGGGAAGGUGGGAGGGGAAAGUGAGGGAGAGUUCACCAGAGUUGACCAGGAAGGGUAUUUGCCAACCAGUCUUGCUUGUUUUAUUUGGAUACUUGUGAAUAUUUGGCAUUAUUAAUACUGUAGAUUUGGUUUUAAUUAUUUUAGAUAGAAACUAUCAGAACAGUUCAGUUUGUAUAUUGUGACUCACCUGCUGUAGUAAAUUCUUUUGCCUUUAUUUCAGAAUGUUUCUUUAAUCUUUAAUACAGUUUUAUUCAUGGCACAUUUUAAAGCAAGAUGUUUUUAAAUUUUAUGAUAACUGGACUUUUUUUUUAAAAAACAGAUGUAUGAUAUUUAUUAACAUGCAAAACACUGGAAACACCGUACAGAGAAACAAAAUUGUAAAAUAAAGAGAUUUUGACUUUUUCCAUC